AUGGUGCGACUGGUUCAGUGGGUUGUGGCGGCUGUGGUGGCGGUGUCGGUGGCUGCUACGGCGGUGCAGGGCGAUGGAGCCCUGCACGAUCCAGCAUGGCGUCGCGUGAACCAGUCCGACUGCCCAUACGAUGACACCGGCGACAGCUGCACGGGUGCGACGGUGGAAGGCUGCAAGGUGAAGUGCGCUGCAGAUCCAGCCUGUGGCGGAUUCAACUAUCCCCACGGGAUCAUGAAAAAGACGGAUUGCUCCGCACACAUCUCCACAUCUCCAACCGUGGACCUCUACCUGCUCGUGAAAGACAUCAGUGUCAACUGGCCUCCAAUCUGGCCCAUGCCCAAGUCGUACACCAAUGGAACUACAAAUCUCAAGGUGGACGGAUCCAAGUUUGGCUUCUUCACCACUACGCCGAGUGCCGAUUUGACUGCGGCGUUCUCGCGGUUCCGUCCGCUCUUCUUCCCGCACCGCACAAGCGCCUCUCCUGCUGGCGCAACGCGCGGCGUUGACGUCACCGUGCACAACUCGAGUGUGCCGCUGCAGCUGUAUGCGGAUGAGAGCUACACCCUCAGCGUUCCUGCAGAUGGCGGCAACAUCUCGCUCACUGCCAAUACCGUGUACGGUGCGUAUCACGGCCUGCAGACACUCUCCCAGCUCAUCUCCUUUGACUUUACUCAACAGGAGUAUGUGAUCCCUGGUGCUCCGUGGAAGAUCAGCGACGCCCCUCGCUUCCCGCACCGGGAAGUCCUCAUCGACUCCUCGCGCCACUUUGAGCCAGUGGAAACAAUCAAAGACGUGAUCACGUCCCUGACGUAUGCCAAGAUCAACACUGUGCACUGGCAUUUGGUGGACAGCCAAUCGUUCCCUUUCAUCAGUCCAACGUACCCUGACCUUGCAGGCAAAGGGUCCUACUCGCUGCAAGAGCGGUACACGGUUGAUGACGUUGCCGAUGUUGUGGAGUUUGCGCGUCAGCGCGGUGUCCGUGUUGUCGUCGAAAUUGACACCCCAGGUCACGCUGCGAGCUGGUGCGCUGGCCACCCGGAGAUAUGCCCGAGUGCCCAGUGCCAGGAGCCACUCAACCCGGCCACCAACACAACCUUCAACCUCAUCGCCGGCCUCUUCAAGGACCUGACCGGCGGCGCUCGCGGCAGUGGACUGUUCCCAGACAAUCUGAUGCAUCUUGGAGGCGAUGAAGUCAACACCAAGUGCUGGUCCGAGUCCCCCACGAUCAGCAAGUGGAUGCAGGACCACGGCCUGACGCCAGAUGGCGCAUACGCGUACUUUGUCAACCGAACGCAGGCGAUUGCGCGCGGGUACGGGCGGGACGUGAUUGGCUGGGAGGAGAUCUGGGACCACUUUGGAACGUCGCUCGACAAGAGCACCAUCAUCCACCAGUGGCUGCCCAAAUCCUCCAUCGCCAUCAACGCCACCAAGGCCGGCUACCGUGUGCUGUGGAGCACAGAUGGCGCGUGGUAUCUUGAUGGUCUGUCGGUGACCUGGCAGGAAAUGUACGAACAGGAGCCCUGCACGGGCAUUGACGAUCACCUGUGCGACACCCUCGUCCUCGGCGGCGGCGGGUGCAUGUGGGGCGAGACGGUCGACACCUCCGACAUCCAGCAGACGAUUUGGCCGCGAAUGGCUGCAAUCGCCGAGCGCCUGUGGUCGCCACGCUCCGUCAUAAGCGCUGCACAGGCCGAUGCGCGCUUCCGCUCCUUCCGCUGUCUGCUCAACCGUCGCGGCAUUGCUGCUGCCCCAGCCAACAAUCCAACUGCCAGAGAGGCACCACCUCACCCUGGUGGCUGUCUCGAACAGUGAGACACGUGUCCUGCAUGUGCGAGUGUGUCUGUGUCGCUGGCAUACGCGCAUGCGUGUGCGUGUACGUGUCAACUCACACCGCCAGCUCGUCAGUGUUUGUGGCGUGUUCUUGCUCUCCAUCAUGUUGUCGUUCCAACAACAUGCUUGUGUGUGUGUGUGAGUGAGUGAGUGUGUGUGUGUGAGUGAGUGUGUGUGUGUGAGU